CUGCCCAACACCCAGUCUGGAGCUGGAGGCUGUCGGCGGCGCUCAGCUCGUCCCGCAGCUUCAUCCGGAGCGCAGGAGUUCUCGGUCGGUCGGGCGGAUCAUGCUCUCUCUGAGACCGUGACCGUCCCGUUAUUAACCUCAGCAGCGCGCCAGGGACCUGCGGACUCUCCAGACACUCAGUUCACUUCUGUUAGUCCUCUAUGUAAAACCCACAGCCCGUGCUCGAGUCUGCGUUAGCUGGAGAGCUAACUCCUGCGCGGGGCGGAAGGGAGAACAUGGCCGAGUGUCAGUGCGACGCGUCCGGCCACGGCUCUCGGCGCUGCCCGCUCCUGUCUACCGGAGAGAGCUCAUCCAAGUGGGUGCGCCUUAACGUGGGUGGCACCUAUUUCCUGACCACGAAGCAGACCCUGAGCCGGGAGCCCAAGUCCUUCCUGUACCGGCUGUGCCAAGCGGACCCCGAGCUGGACUCCGACAAGGAUGAAUCAGGGGCGUAUUUGAUCGACAGAGAUCCGGUGUAUUUUGGGCCCGUGCUGAAUUACCUGCGACACGGAAAGCUUGUCCUCAACAAGAAUCUGACGGAGGAAGGUGCUCUGGAAGAGGCAGAGUUCUACAACAUUACUUCAUUAAUUAAACUCAUCAAGGAAAAGAUUAGAGAACGAGAUGCCAAGAUUACACAUACUCCAGUGAAGCAUGUGUACCGCGUGCUGCAGUGUCAGGAGGAGGAGCUCACUCAGAUGGUCUCCACAAUGUCGGACGGGUGGAAGUUUGAGCAGCUUGUCAGUGUAGGUUAUGGGCGAGCACAGAAGUCAGAGUUUCUCCUCAUUGUGUCUCGGGAAGUGAAGGGGGAGGAGUCGAGUCAAACUCACCCCGCCCACAGCGGAGAGCUGGUCAACAUUGGCUCCUCCUAUAACUAUGGUAAUGAGGACCAGGCAGAGUUUCUGUGUGUUGUCUCCAAGGAGCUUCACAACCAUUCAUAUGGGAACAACAGUCAACCAAGUGAAAAAGCCAAGCUACUCCAGGAGCGAGGGUCCAGAAUAUGAGCUCCUUAAACACCAAAACCCUCCAACAUAUCAGCACUCAAACCGGAACAUUCCACGAGCAUGUGCAGAACAUGUAGCAUGGCCACAGAUGUGCAGAUUGUGUGUGAACACGGACCAAACACGAACACACCAGCGCUGAGCUGGUCUACUGUAGCUGUGUCUUUUUAUGCAACAGAUUCAUUCCAAUUCCACUAUAGGCCCUGCACAGUGAUUUGGACUUUACCAUGUGCUUUCAGUAUUCUAGGGAAAUUAUUUCAGGUUGAUUUCAUGUCUAAAACAAUACAACAGUCAGUUUAUUAAGAAUCUAAAUGUUCACAGACAGAAUAUGCAGAAUAUGAAUAUGAAUAUUAAUAUUGAGCCACACAGUGCACCAUAGACUUAACUUUGGCAAUCUAAUAUCUGAAAAACAUCCUUUUUUUAAAGAAUUCUGUAACUAAACAAAAUUGAUUUACGUGUUAAUGCACUUAAAAUGAUACGUGAUCACUGUGCAAGACCUUUAAACCGUAAUAUUGUGUUCGUAAUAUUCUGUUUUUCAAUCCUAUACUGUAGAAGAGGAGGACAUGACUGAUCUAAAUCUCAGGGAUUUGAUCCACAUGUGGGGAAAAAACAAGCAAUCACUUCUCUUUGACACUCUGUCCCUGCAGGCCUUAACCCAGCCUUAUGUAAUCUCACUUCACCCUCUAUCCAGUAAAUCCAUGUUUGAAUGCAAUAUUUUAUAAACUAAUAUUUAUAAUGGGUAUAUUACAUGUUACAUUUAAAUCAAAUGCAUUCCAAUUACAUUUUUCAGCAGACUGAUAAAAACAAUAAUAACAUAUACUUGUAUUAAUAGUGCAUUAUUGUUGUUAUUAUUAUUAUUAUUAUUAUUAUUAUUAAUCAAACUGUAUAUUUGUUUUAAACUGUUUGUUUGCCCCUUUAAAAAAUAUUUUAUUGCACGGUGCUUUUUUUCAUCUGAUCAGUAGAGGUAAACAGGUUAUACCACAGGUUUAAUAAUAUAAAGCAGGUAGAAAAGACAAUCAUUUUAAUUUCAGUGUGUUGGCAUUUAGUCGAAUAUAAUUCCAGUCUCCAUUUUCUGCUUUCCAACUCCUUCCUAUGUGCUGUCAAUAAUACCUUAAAAACUAAUCCUGUACACCCAUUGAAGUCUCUGCGUAUAUAAACAUUUGCACACACACACACACACACACACACACACACACACAUUCAAGAGUAAGGUAUUUCACUUUUUGCUGAGUCACACAAAUACCCCAAAACAGAAAAAAGCACAUUUUCACAAGCUGUCACUCUUACACUGCUGUACACAGAGUGUUAUGCUAUAAAGCUGUUUUUAACAAACCUC